GGUGCAAAAUGGAACUGUCAAAAUCGGCUACAUUUUGCACGGGCACCACACACACACCACACACAUUUGACACUUUCCCCAAAUGCAAAGUAUAUUUUUGUACCGCACACACAUUGUGAUGUAUAUAAGUUUUGAUAUUGCAUAAAUUGUGUGUGGUGUGUGCGAGUCGAUAUUUAAGCCACUUGAAUCGGUGUUUUGAUUCAGGUGUUUUAGCUCUUUGUAUAAAGAAAAUGUACCAUUUGAAACGAGUCCUAAGACCAAUUCAACGAUGCUGCUCACAUGUAAAUAAGGCACGAACCGUUACAACCUGGUCCCAUUUGGCCAAUCACUUCAAUUCCAAGCCCGAAGACGACCGAUGGUCCUUUUUAAAAUGUGAACGGACUGGUCUAUUGGAUUUUCCGGAAUUAAAAUCACAUGAUGGAUUCUAUUUGCUGCAAGAGAGUGUCACACAACGAUGCGAUCAACUCAUUGACGAGAUUAUAUCGCCGAAGCGUCAGCGCAAAAUUGUUGAAGUGUUUGAUGAAUUGUCGGACACUUUGUGCAAAGUAGCCGAUAUGACGGAAUUCGUUCGACUCGCCCAUCCAUCUUCAAAAUUCAGCAAUGCAGCCGAAGAAGCUUGCUUCAAUAUUUGUAAAAUUGUUGAAAAACUCAACACUCACAAAGAGCUGUACGAAACACUGAAGCGAGUCUCGGUGCAUGGAGAUGUGGUGCCAUUGGAUGAGCUCGAUAAGCAUGUUGUGAAUCUUUUUUUGUUUGAUUUCGAACAGAGCGGAAUUCAUCUCGAUGAAGAAGCGCGUAAAAGUGUUGUAUAUUUGAAUGAUUGCGUGUUGCGGCUGGGACAACGAUUUAUGGCUGGUGCGCUUACACCGCGUACCGUUUCUGGCAAUUCACUACCGGAUAGUGUUAAAAAAUACUUUACAGGUGAUGGUGACAAUUACCUAGUUUCCAGUUUGUAUGCCGACUCAGGCAAUGCACUGGCACGAGAAAUGGCAUACCGAUUGUACUUGUACCCGGAUGAACGACAGCAAUAUCUGUUAACCGAACUGUUGAAUCAUCGACACGAAUUGGCCACGGUGUGUGGCUUCCCAACGUAUGCUCAUCGGGCAGUCAAUAAAAGCACAAUUGAUAGUCCCGAAUUAGUGAUGGACUUUUUGAGUGUGUUGACAGACAAAUUGAGACCGUAUGCCGAAGAUGAUUAUCACACAAUGACCAAAAUGAAGCAAUCCGAAUUAGGUGGUAAUAGUGUGUUGGGUGCAUGGGAUACGGCUUACUAUACAGGCAAAUAUAAAAAAGAUUUCCUCAAAGUGUCAUCGUCCGAAUUCGCGCCAUAUUUUAGCCUCGGAGCAUGCAUGGAAGGCUUGAACCAUGUUGUGAAGGCAUUGUAUGGCGUUUACUUUGAAUAUGAACACAUUCGCAAUGGCGAAUCGUGGGCAAAUGACAUUUAUAAAUUGGCUGUGAAACAUGAAACGGAAGGAUUUUUAGGUCACAUCUACUGUGACUUUUAUGAUCGUCCGAAAAAACCUCAUCAAGAUUGCCAUUUCACGCUGCGCGGCGGAAAGAGUCUUCCCGACGGGACGUAUCAGAGCCCAAUCGUUGUGGUAGCACUGAAUUUGAAUGCACCACGUUGGUCGGGGCCAACAUUGCUCACACCACCAAUGGUCGAUAAUCUAUUCCAUGAAAUGGGCCAUGCAAUGCAUGCGAUGCUGGCUCGUACCAAAUACCAACACAUCUCUGGAACACGAUGCAGCACCGAUUUUGCCGAAGUCCCGUCCGUUUUAAUGGAAUACUUUGCCAGCGAUCCACGUGUAUUGCAAACAUUCGCACGACACUUUCAAACACAAGAACCAAUGCCCGAAUCGUUGAUGAAUCGAUUGUGUAUAUCGAAGCAUUUGUUUUCCGCAUCGGAAACGCAGGUGCAGGUAUUUUAUUCAGCACUGGAUCAAGUGUACCAUGGUGAGCCAAAAGUCAAUGAGAAUGUUACAACAACCGAUAUUUUGCGACAAGUUCAUCAGCAAUAUCAUAGUAUACCUUAUGUCGAGAAUACGGCCUGGCAACUGCGAUUCUCUCAUUUGGUCGGCUACGGUGCAAAAUACUAUGCAUACUUGGUGUCACGGGCGAUUGCCGCAUCGAUUUGGCGCAAUUACUUUGAAAACGAUCCAUUCAGUCGAACGGAAGGUGAACGUUUUCGUCGCGAGUGCCUAGCACACGGUGGUGGAGUUCCCAGUAAAAUUCUAGCGAAAAAUUUCCUUCAGCACGAAAUCACGCCCGAAUAUUUGGCCCAAGGUCUAAUGGACGACAUCGAACAAACGAACGAAAAAAUCCGCAAAUUCGGCGCUGAAAUCGGUUAUCAACACAAGUGAUCAAAUAAAUUUAGGUUAAAUUCUUU